AUGCCUAAUAGUAAUAGUAACCAUUCUAGUACUUCGGGCCCAACACGAGAACGGUCGAAUUCUUCCCUGCUGCAACCAACAAAUAGAGCAAUAAUGAGCCAUGCAGCUACAUCAAGAAAGCCAUCAUUACUAAGGAAUCAUUCUUCUUCAUAUAAUGUCAAUCCUAACAGUCCAAACAUUCAUGGACAUAGUGGUUCUCAUAGUCAUUCAGGAUCGGGGGUAAGGUCUUCAUCAACGGGAUCUAAUAAUGGAGAUUCAACUUCUGCUCAUUCACCUCCAAUGUAUCCCAAUCCACCAUCGAAAAAAUCAUCAAACUCAGAGUCUGCAUCUUCAAGUAAGAGUUAUCCCAAAAGCAUCAGUUCUAUGUUAGCCUAUAACUUACAACAUCAAAAUUCUUCAUUUGUAGCUCAAGAAAGAGCUUAUAUAAGAAAAUUAGGUAAUCAAACAAUGAAUGAUUAUUAUACUAAAGGAAUAACGGGAGCUGAUGAAGAAGAUACUAGUCGAGAAAGUAAUGCUGAUGAAGAUGAAGAUUAUGAGGAUGAUACUAAUGAUGAAGAUGAAAAUACUUCUUUAUUGGUUGAUAUGGAUGAUGAAAAUUAUCAAUUGGAUUCAGCAUCUGCCAAUUCUUUAUUGGAGUCAGGUUUAAAUAAUUUGAAGAUUAAUCCCAACAAAAACAUUACUCAGUUAAGUAAAGAUACUACGGAUGACCCUGCCGUUUUGGAAAGAUUGGAAUGGCAAGCUAUGUUAACAUCAGUUUUAACUGGUGAUGUGGUGAGAUCAGAAAAAACAAAGAUUAGUAGUAAUAAUAACUUAGAUGAGCAAGAAUCUUAUUUACAUGCCACCUAUAAAGAAAGUUUAUGGUUUGGAAUAAGAGCCAAGUUAUUAGGACGUUCAGAUGAUGAUCAAAGAAAAAUCAUUUCUUAUAGAAGAACGUUAGUAGAUGCAUUGAUUGAGGAUGUUCUGAAAUUUGAAGUGGACUAUGAUCAUCCGUCUAAUAUGUCACCUAGAGAUCAAGUGGCAGAAAUCUUGAAUCGUUGGGAAAAAGCUUGCGAUUGUUGGAGAACUUUGGAUGAAAUGAAAAAUGAUAAACCUGCUAUAAGAAGUGAAGAAUUUCAAAAUAGAAUUGAUUCAUUGACUGCCUGGUUAUCUAUUACCGAAGCCAUCAAGAGGGAAUCUGAUACUUUGAAGCUCUGGAUUGGUAAUGAUGAACUUGAUAUCACUAAAAGUUCUUCAGAAAAUGCUACCCCUUUGACUACACCAUCGUCAGAAAACGCUCCUCCUCCUGUGGUAAAGAAAAUUUUUGAUGAAGAUAAUAGAUCAUUAGCUGAAAGAUUGAUGAAGGAAAAAGAUGUUCAUAAUAUUUUCAAAAAGAGAAUUUUCUCUCCGUUAGCUCCAUGGAUGAUUAAAUCAAAAGACACAUAUAUAAGACUUGGAUAUAUGUUUGAGACAUUGAAAUUACCAGACUAUCUUCACGACUUAAUUCAAUUAUGUCUCAUACCUAUGAAAUUGAUUCGUGAAAUCAUCAAUGUUCGUUUGAGAUAUGCCAUGAAAUUGCAAAAUCCAACAUUGAUGAUGAUUGAUCAGAUGAUUGAUGAUUUCAAAACUUACCUCCAUAUUGCUUUGGAAGUCAAAUCAGGUAUUCAAGAUUAUUGUAAAUCAGAUAUUGGUAAAACUUGGGUUAUUCAAGACUUCUUUGAAGAUGAAAAUGUUGAUUUCAAUAAAUCGGUUUUAGAAUGUUUGAAAUAUUCUUUGGUAUUGUUGAAUAAGAAAUUAUUGGAUAGUGCUAGGUCACCAGCCAAUUUCAGAACUUUCAAAGAACCCGAAGAAUUGGAAGAAACUUAUGAUUAUAUUAAACUUUCAGGUGCUUAUAUUGAAGGAGGUGCUACUUUAGUGGCUGAACAAAUUACAUUAUUAACUUCCAAAUUAAUUCAAAGAUUAUUGGCAUAUUUUAAUAACCAGGUGAGAUCAUUACCGUCACAAGAUCCUUCAAAAUCAGAUCUCGUGAGAUGGUAUAGUUCAACUACAGAGAAUUUUGGUCAAUUGCGUCGUAAACUUGCUAGAUUCACAGGUGAAAUAUCAAGAGACUUUACCAAUUCUUUGGUUUUUGAUAUUUCAAGCACUCCGAAUUAUAAAGUGAAAAAUUUGUUGGAAGUUUUGAAAAACUCCGAUCAUUUCUUGGUUUAUACUGGAACUGUUGAAACUCAAGGUAUUUAUUUCUUUGCUAGUGCUGAAUUAUUGGGUAAUGAACAUGAGAUUUUACAAAUUAUUAAUGGUUCUUAUGUUGGUCUAGAUCCUAAUGCAGCUUCUGCCAGACAGUUUUCAAGUUUAUUGAAUUUAUUACAUCAUCAUGAGGAAGGUGAAAACUUCCAAAUGCAAAGCUCAAUUGAGCACGCUUUACCAUCUCAUUCUAAGGAUUUUGCUUAUGUUUUAGCUAUUUGUCCACCAAAACCUAUCGUUUGGGAAGGUGAAGUGGUGAAUAUUAAUAUUGAACAAGUCCCUAUCACUGAUGUUAAGGUUGGUCAAAUGUUAUUGAUAUCUAAAUUGCCAUCUUAUAGUUUACAUAUUAUUAGAGAAAAGUUCCUCGAUUUAGUAGGUGAAGUCUUGUACGCAAGCAAUGGUCUCACAAAACCAAUUGAACAACGAUGUUCAUUAGCUAAGGUUCAUCAUGAAUUAACCAGAAUCAACAAGGUAUUCUUCAGAAUGUCAUUAUCAGUUUUGGAUUCUGUGAAACUCGUUAGAGAACAAUGUAAUAAAGCCGCACCGGAAGGAGGAUGUCAGGAAGUUAUCAACAGUUACUUUGUUUAUGCUAGGGAUUAUGGUAAAAACUCUGUCAGAAAUUUGGAUUCAUCGAGGAAAUCUACUGUUAUUAUGAAAUUGAUAUCUUUAUGUAUUGAAUGGGUAAGCUUCAUCUGUGAUGAUUGUAUUCCCACUGACAGAAAGACUUUCAGAUGGUGUGUUUUGGCAUUAGAAUUUGCUAUGUAUAUGACCAGAGGUUUCAAUGUGUUGGUCUUGAAAGAUGAACAAUUCCAUUCAUUGAAAUCAAAAGUCGCUAGAUGUAUGUCAUUAUUGAUUUCUCAUUUCGAUAUUAUGGGAGCCAGAUCCAGUGAAGCUGAAAAGAAGAAAUUAUUGAGAUGGACAUCAACCAAAACCAGAAUUGAGAAUUCUGCUGAUGAUGAAUAUAUCAUGAAUGCUUAUAAGGAAGACAUGAUGAGCCAAAUCAAAGAAAUUGAAAUUUUCAGAUCAGAAUUACAAGGAGAAUUGAAUUCUGUUGGUAGAGUGUUGGAUGUUUCCGAUUCAGAAUACCAAUUCGUCACAUUAUUGGCAUCUUCUUUCUCGAGUGUUUCGAUCAGAUGGCAAAAGGGAAGAUACAUUGGUGGUGGAACAUUUGGUGAUGUUUAUGCUUCUGUUAAUUUGGACACUGGAGGUGUUAUGGCAGUGAAAGAAAUCAGAUUCCAUGAUAGUCAAUCAAUUAAGAAUAUUGUUCCUUCAAUUAGAGAUGAAAUGACAGUAUUAGAAAUGUUGAAUCAUCCAAAUGUCGUUCAAUACUUUGGUGUUGAAGUUCAUCGUGAUAAAGUAUAUAUUUUCAUGGAAUUCUGUGAAGGUGGUUCAUUAUCAGCAUUAUUAUUACAUGGAAGAAUUGAAGAUGAAAUGGUUAUUCAAGUUUAUACUUUACAAAUGUUAGAAGGGUUGGCAUAUUUACAUCAAUCAGGUGUUGUUCAUCGGGAUAUAAAACCUGAAAAUAUCUUAUUAGAUCAUAAUGGGGUUAUUAAGUUUGUUGAUUUUGGGGCUGCCAAAGUCAUUGCUACAAGUGGUAGAACUCGUGGUCCGGCUCCUAGUAAACAAACUCCUAUAGCCGGAGAUCAUAAUAAUUUGAAUUCAAUGACAGGUACUCCUAUGUACAUGUCACCAGAAGUUAUUACUGGUGCGUUGUCUGAUAAAAGUGGAGUUGUAGAUAUCUGGUCAUUAGGUUGUUGUGUAUUAGAAAUGGCCACUGGUAAAAGACCUUGGGCUAAUUUGGAUAAUGAAUGGGCUAUUAUGUAUCAUAUUGCUGCUGGUCAUAAACCUCAAUUACCUUCAGAAGAUCAAUUGAGUGAAAAUGGUAUUAAAUUCAUCGCCAAAUGUCUUGAGCAUGACCCUAAGAAGAGACCUGAAGCCAUUGAAUUGUUAAAUGAUCCAUGGAUAGUUUCCAUUCGUCAAGCAGCUUUCGGUGGUGAUAGUCUAAACACUCCCAGCUCAGAGAUUUCUGAUCUUUAA